AUGGCAGACAGCGCUCCUAAAGAAGCCGAGCCGGAGCGGCGCGAGGCUCUUGACAUCCUCGACGUCAAAGCCUCUCAGUUGGUGGAUCUAAUCAAGAAGAGCAAGCACUUCAUUGCCUUUACCGGUGCAGGUAUCUCUACCUCUGCAGGAAUUCCCGACUUCCGCGGACCUGAAGGUGCCUGGACACUCAGAGCCCAGGGAAGACAGAGAACGGGCAAGACGACGGACACGCUCCAGGCCAUCCCUACCAAGACGCACAUGGCGCUCGUUGAGCUGCAGGACCGCGGGAUUUUGAAGUAUCUCGUCAGUCAGAACUGCGACGGCUUGCACCGGAAGAGUGGAAUUUUACCAGAGAAGAUUUCCGAGCUUCAUGGAAACAGUAACCGCGAGUAUUGCAAAGACUGCGGUAAAGAAUACCUCCGAGGUAUCGUACCCCCUUUUCAUCACCAAACCCUUAUCAUCACUGCAGAUACUAACGAAGAACAACCAGAUUUCCGCGCCGUAGCAACCUACGAAAAAUCAAUCCGCGACCACCGCACCGGCCGCAAAUGCCCCCUAUGCAACGGCACCCUCCUCGACACAAUCAUAAACUUUGGGGAAUACCUCCCCGCCCAACCCCUCGCCCUUGCCCGCUCCAACGCACGAAAAGCAGACCUCUGUCUCGCCCUCGGAUCUUCCCUGACCGUGCCCCCCGCCUGCACGAUCCCCGAGACCGUCGGCAAGAAGAAGCGCACAAAGACGUACCCGAACGGCGGGACGCUCGUGAUUUGUAACUUGCAGAGUACCCCGCUGGAUGACCUGAGCGAGGAGCUCCGCGUAUGGGCUACGACGGAUGAUUUGAUGGAUCGGGUGAUGGAGAAACUCGAAAUCCCUAUCCCGCGGUUUGUGCUGAGGCGGAGGUUGGUGGUUGAGGUUGAGGCGGUAGGGGAGGAGAGGUAUCAGCUUACGGCGAGGGGGGUGGAUAUCGACGGCACGCCCGCGAGCUUUCUGCAGUCUGUGAGGAUGCAAGGGAACAGGCGCGUUGCACGGAACGAGCCGUUUACGAUUCCUUUCCGGAGCGAGUUGGCUGCUGAGGCGAAGAUCAUGGCGGAGCUAGAGUUUAUGGGACACUAUGGCGAGCCUGUCUUGGAGAUUGGGAUGGAGUAUAACGGAGAGGAGAAGCUGGAGAGGAUGUAUCUGCUGGAAUAUGAUCCUUCGACUGGGGCUUGGAAGGUUAGUACACAAGAUGAUGGGACUUUUGCUGGGCGGGGUGGCACGGCCGGGACAGACGAGGACAUGGAGGAUUCGCUGAUGAUUUCGGCCGAGGACGCGGGUGUGCCUAGCCAUAUCAUCGCCUCGUCUGCGGCCAGUGAGGUCAUCGACCUAACUUCACCUUGA